CAACGUCAUUUGGCAUCGUGGGUCAGGGAUGCAGUGAAAUGCGGCCAUGCUGGUCAAAAGCAACAACUCCGCUCUCCACUCCAGUCCACCUCCACCCCCUAUCUACGACUUUAUCUCUGCGAGAGAGUAUUCGUAGCUGUGUAUUGUUUGAAACCAAUCAUAGUCACCACCUCCCUACCGACAGUGCGACUCCGAGCUCGGUCCACCACGGGCAGACGGACGAGCAACAGCCCAUCAACUCAGAAGUGCCUCAUUAGCCGCCCGACCGCACGAACACAACGGUUGCUAGACUUGGGAAGCUCAGACCUAGAACCCAACCUACAGUCAUGUCGGACGCGGGGGAGAGUUCGCAUCGACGAACGAAAUCCUCUGCCCUUUCACUCCUGAGACGCAAAGCUACUGGCGGUGCCGGUGACGACAACAUGUCUACAGCUUCGGUCGAGGACACUGGCGCAGCGAGCACCAGUCUUGCCGGCGAUUCGACUACCGCAACAUCCCACGCAUCUCUUACCAACGCCCACCAACAUUCCAGGGGCCACAGCUCCAAGCUCUCAGUCUCUGGGAGCACCAUGGGCCGUACACCAUCACACAAUGCCCCUUCGGUUAGCGGGGCUAAGUCUCCCAAUCCGCUGGACAAGGGCGCCUCCCUCGAGUCAUCCGUCAGAAAGUUCCGCAUCGUUGAAGCUCUCCGCAACGGUGACACUGCCUCCAUCUCCAAAGCUAUCCGUGAAAGCGCCGAAGGGGGUCCCCGCACGAGCACCUCAUCCUUCAACACAACAACCGGCCCCCUCGAAGAUACCACAAUACUUCACCUCGCCAUCCAGUGUGCCGAGCAGCCCGUUGUUGAGUACGUUCUGUCUGACGGCGCUGGUUCUCUUGAUAUCAAUGCUCGGGACAAGGAUGGAAAUACACCCCUUCAUAUCGCGGCAGCUCAGGGCCGUAGCCACGUGGUUGGACUCCUUCUAGCAAACAAGGAGAUCAACGAUGCCAUCGCCAAUAACCAGGGCCGCCUUCCAAUCGAUCUUGCCCGCAAUCCCGAAAUCUUCCAGCAGCUGCAGCUCUCGAGAUCUCUGUUUGCUGAAAACAAGAUCAGGCAAGUUCAGGAUCUCAUUCUCCAUGGCGAAUUCAAAGUCUUGGAGCACGUGUUGGAGGAACCUCGUUUCAAGACAGUUUUGGAUAUCAACAGUACCGAAUUUGCUUCGGACCCAGUUACAGUCCAGGCUGGGGGCACCCUCUUGCAUGAAGCCGCACGCGCCAAGAACACUCGUCUAAUUCAAGUUUUGCUUCUGCAUGGCGCCGACCCCUUCCGCCGGGACCGCAAGGGCAAGCUCCCGCAAGAUGUUACCAAGGACGAGAUCACACGUGCCAUGCUGAAGAAGUCACCAGCUGCCGUAGCGGCGCAAAGGGGGAUCCAAGAGAAGGCCGUCCUGGGGUCUGCUGCCCAAGGCGUUAUCAACGCAACCCCUGGUGAUCCGCUUGCUGGCCGAGAGGCCCGUGAAAUGAAAGGCUACCUCAAGAAGUGGACCAACUAUAGAAAGGGGUAUCAGCUGCGGUGGUUUGUUCUGGAGGACGGCGUGUUGAGCUACUACAAGCACCAAGAUGAUGCAGGCUCAGCCUGCCGUGGUGCUAUCAACAUGCGCAUCGCCAAGCUUCACAUGAGUGCUGAUGAGAAGACCAAGUUUGAGAUCAUCGGGAAGUCAUCGGUCAAGUACACACUCAAGGCGAACCACGAAGUCGAAGCUAAGCGCUGGUUCUGGGCCCUCAACAACUCGAUUCAGUGGACGAAAGACCAGGCUAAGGAGGAAGAGAGACAAAAGGCCCAUAACGCGGAGUUGCUGAAGCAGGCCAAAGCCGAGAUUUCGGGUACUAGUAUCUCUGAGCCACCUAGCGAGAACGCGAGCUACAUUGAGCCCCGCGGCAGCAUCCAGCUUUCACGGAUGCACUCUUCCGGCAAGUCUCACAAGAGCGGACUUCAUGGGACUGGCACUGUGGACAGCCAUGAUGAUGACGAAUUUGCUGACGCGGCGACGGAGGCUGGCAAGACUGAUCAUCACGGCGAAGGUAAUUAUGAAGAUGAUGACUAUGGUGAGGGUUCGAGUGGGCAGGAUGCUCCGCCAGUGAAUAAGGAUGCUUUCAACAUCACUGCCCAGUCGGCUAAGCUGCAGCUCGAUACCAUGGCACACGUCACAGCCGCACUACUUCAGGAGGCGAGCAAGAAUCCCAGCCUGACUCUGGGCGAUACUAAGGCCUCGCAAGCUCUGUCGACUUAUGACGCCGCCAUCCGCUCGCUUACUGGGCUUAUUGGUGACCUUUUGCGCAUCUCAAAGGACCGUGAUGCCUACUGGCAGUAUCGCCUUGACCGCGAAAGUGAGAUGCGCCGGAUGUGGGAAGACAGCAUGGCCCAGGUAGCCAAGGAGCAAGAGUCCCUUGAGGCUCGCGUCAGUGAGGCUGAGGCCAAGAGAAAAGCUACCAAGCGCAUCCUCAAACAGGCUGUUGAGACCGGCAUUCUUGACGAGAGCCAGACACUACCACCACCUGCUGUUUCCACUUCUGCUGCUGCUACUCCAGCCAUCGCUGCCACCACCGCUCCUCAGGAUAGCACUCAGGUGGAGACGGCGGCAGCAGACUCUGUGAGCGUAAAGUCCCCCGCCCUGGGAGGCCUUUCGAGACGUGAGACGGUGAUUACCCAGAUCGCCGACAUCUCGGAUUCAGAGUCAGACGAGGAGGAGUUCUUCGAUGCAGUUGAUGCCGGCCAGGUCGAAGUAUCGCAGUUGCCACCGUCCGAGAUCGCGGAAGCCAAGAGUGAAAACCAGGUCGUUGUGUCGGGUGAGAACGACAUCAGCGAUGCCUUCAAGGGGUACGAAAAUGGCAUUCGAACCCGUCUGAAGAUGGAAGCAGAUAAUAGGCCCAAGAUUUCACUAUGGGGUAUUCUGAAAUCUAUGAUCGGAAAGGAUAUGACCAAAAUGACCCUCCCCGUAUCUUUCAACGAACCUACCUCUCUUCUGUACCGCUGCGGCGAGGACAUGGAGUAUGCCGACCUUUUGGAUCUUGCGGCCGACCGCUCUGAUUCGAUUGAGCGUCUGCUCUACGUUUCUGCCUUUGCUGCCAGCGAAUACGCCUCGACUAUUGGUCGUGUAGCCAAGCCUUUCAACCCUUUGCUCGGUGAGACGUUUGAGUACGUUAGACCCGACAAGAACUACCGCUUCUUCAUUGAGCAAGUCAGCCAUCAUCCUCCCAUCGGUGCUGCUUGGGCCGAAUCGCCCAAGUGGACCUACUACGGUGAAUCUUCUGUCAAGUCAAAGUUUUAUGGUCGUUCCUUCGACAUCAAUCCCCUCGGUACCUGGUUCCUCAAGCUCCGUCCCACCCACGGCGGCAAGGAGGACUUCUACACUUGGCGCAAGGUCACCUCGUCGGUCGUGGGUAUCAUGACUGGUAACCCAGUUGUUGACAACUACGGACCAAUGGAGAUCAAGAACCACACCACGGGUGAAGUCUGCCAUAUCGAGUUCAAGGCCCGAGGCUGGAAGGCUUCCAGCGCCUAUCUCCUGACAGGCAAGGUGCUGGAUGCCAGCGGCCAUGUUCGGUUCAGCUUGGGUGGCAGGUGGAACUCCAAGAUCUACGCCCGCUUUACACCAGGGUAUGAGGCGACUGUCGAAGAGCCGGCGGGUGGUGACUCCGGGUCUAUCUACCGGGGCAAUCUCACCUCGGCCGACCCCAACAAGGCUUUCCUCAUCUGGCAGGCGAAUCCCCGCCCCGAAGGCAUCCCAUUCAACCUCACUCCUUUUGUUCUGACGUUCAAUCACAUCGAUGAUAAGCUUCGCCCAUGGAUCGCGCCGACUGAUUCCCGCCUGAGACCGGAUCAGCGCGCGAUGGAGGAUGGGGAGUACGAUUUUGCCGCUACGGAGAAGAACAGACUGGAGGAGGCGCAGAGAGCGAGGAGAAGGGAGAGGGAGGCCAGGGGGGAGGAGUUUACCCCGGCGUGGUUCAGCAAGGCGAAGUGUGAGAUUACGGGAGAGGAGUAUUGGCAGUUUAAUGGGGAGUAUUGGAAGAGGAGGCAGAAGGCGGGACCGGAAGGGAGUUAUGAGGAGGCUUGGAAGGGUUUGGAGCCCAUCUUUGAGUAGAGUCAUGAGAGGCUUGGUGGUGGGGAGACCAAAAGGGGGAGGAGCAGGAGAGGUAAGAAGGGGAAGGGUAAUGAGGCUAGGCUUGUGAAGCCGGUUGAGGAGGUAACUGGCAGUGAAGGACAGGAGGUGAAGGGAUGAGUUUGGGUAUAACAUGAUGAUGGGGGAGUUUUGGGGGAAAGCGAAUUGAGGGAGAAGGCAUUGAAGGAACCUAUAUAAACCUGGUUGUUCUGUAGGGGAAUAAUACGAAUUAUUUCAACAAUUGCGCCCAGUACCUGAGUGUAUUAUGUGUCAAGUGCAAGAAGCAGAAUCAAC